GAAUUGCGGGAUGAUGCUAUAGUGCACAUGAUCAUGAAACUUUUAUCGCAUUCCCUUUUUCCAUGUGUGUCCCUCUUGAAACUUGCCUCGGCUUUUGAUUCAAGAUCGAUAAGUAUUAAAGGGUGAGAUCUCCGAUGAUUGAUCAUAUCUGAUAACAUGCAUUGACUUGAAUCCAAAGUCAAACCAUCACAACAACAAGCAACUUCAUAUCUGAUCUUUACAACGAAAUACACGAUACGCAUUACGAUGACGACGACUCAGUCGAUGAAGUCAACCUGGCCACUCGCCGACAAGUCAGAGUGGAACGUCCACCAACAAAUAAUCCACGUCUUAAACGCCUACCCAAUCUCUCCAGGCAAAGAAGUCCCCGUGCACGCCAAAUCCGAACGCAUUCCUCACUUCUCCCAAUGGCAAGGCCACGUCUGGAUUCUCUUACAUGCCUUUGCUCCGAUAAUCAUACACCAAUCAUGGCUCUCGUACACAGGCCAAGCACUACAUCCCUUCAUCGUCUUUAUGCUCUACUUCGCCACGUUCAGCUGGACGGUUGUACGUUCUGUUAAAGCUACGGCGAAACUCGGACAUGAAUAUGGAUUUUUAGAUGGAGAUGCUCAUCAGAGAGAUGGAAUUCCUGAUAUUGGUGUUGAUAAAGUCGUUUCGUCGCUUUGGAAAACAACGGGGUCGAGGAUCUUUCUGGCGACGCAUCUUACCUACAGAGCGACACAAUCGCCUGCUGAUGUGAUGAGUGACCCGAAAUGGUGGGCAUGGCUGUGGCUUCAGAUCGGUCUUUACGGUAUCGUUCUUGACUUUUGGUUCUACGUUUAUCAUCGCGCCAUGCAUGACAUCGACUGGCUAUGGAAGUAUCACCGCACUCAUCAUCUGACCAAGCACCCCAACUCUCUCCUCGCCGCUUUCGCCGACCACGAGCAGGAAUUCUUUGACAUGGUUGGCAUUCCCUUCCUCACUUGGGCGACCUUCCAAGUCUUCGGUCUUCCUCUGGGCUUUUAUGAAUGGUGGAUCUGCCAUCAGUACAUCGCAUUUACUGAGGUUCUUGGUCACAGUGGUCUUCGAAUUUACGGCAUGCCGCCAUCGACCUUGGCUUGGCUCUUGAAGGGUGUUGGUAUGGAGCUUGUUAUUGAGGACCAUGAUCUUCAUCAUCGCAAGGGAUAUAGAAAGAGUCAUAACUACGGAAAGCAAACCCGGGUUUGGGAUACACUCUUUGGAACAUGUCACGAACGAAUUGAGGCCAAGAACCAGAACGUUGACUGGGAUAGGGCAGUUUGGUUCCCAAUUUUGUAAACAGCAAGUAAAAAUAGCAUCACAUUCGUUUUAGUUAUCAGACUAGUUUCCUUUAAAUAAAC